UCUAUCCUUUGUUUUGACUUUGACCUCGGUUUUAACCUCUUCUCACACGUGGUCCAUCCACUGUGUCUGUGAUGGUCCUGCUAAUAAACCUUUCUGUUUGUUCCUGCAGGACGGGGAGCGCGGCUACCUGGACGGGCUGGCCUCGCGCUACGCGGACCUCUACCGGACGCACUACGCCGACGUCCUGGAGCACCUGGAGCAGCUGCGGCGCCGCGAGUGGGCCGACAUGUCGCCGCGGAUCCGCGUCCUGGGCAUGGAGUCCCCGACCACGCCCACCUCGCAGCCCAUCUACGUGCCCGGGAAGUACUCG